AUUCAGUAGUAGUCCCUAAUAAGUAAUAACUUUCACAUUCAACCCCUUCCGGUCGAAGCUCAAAAUUGUAGGGACUCCGGACUCGUUCAGCCCCGAGGGAGCGCCGCAUUGAAUCUUCGCCGAUUUCGUGACCGACACCAAAUCCGGUUCAAAUUCCGCUGAAAUUCGGGCCGCAAUCACGUUCAUUGGUACCUGGACAUGACAAAAUCAGACCUAAUCCACUAUAUUUUUCUUUGAUAGAGCGAUUUGCCGGGCCCGGAAUCCCCUCUGCAGAAAACUACAAAGCGCGGAGGAAGAGCUGAGGUACAGCACCUUGCGCAGGAUGGAAGGUGCAGGAUAUCCUGGUGGCAGCACCGAGAAUGUCGUUGUGCCUCCUAUUGAAGGUGUAUCUGGUGGAGGGACCAGUUAUGGAUGGAGUGAUGGCGGCUUGCAAUUUUCAAAGCUGCCCAAUAGGAUGGUGGAUCCUACAAAGGUUCCCACCUCAGAUUUAUUGCAUGUUUGGUGCUUGCCAAGCACAGCAAAUGUUGGACAGCAAGAAAUGCCUAGACAACUGGAACCUAUAUCAUUCUUGGUUGCUAGAAAUGAGAGGGAGAGUGCACAAAUCUCUUUGCGCCCUAAAGUCUCCUGGGGUGGACCUGGUGUUGGUGGUGUUGUACAAGUCCAGAUUUCUGACUUGUGCUCCAAUUCUGGUGAUAGGUUAGUGGCCGGAGAAUCCCUGACGUUGCGUCAUGUGGUGCCCGUCUUAGGUGUGCCUGAUGCUCUUGUACCUCUUGAUCUGCCAGUGACUCUUAUAAACGUAUUGCCUGGAGAAACAUCAACACUUUGGCUUUCUGUAGAUGUAGCUGUUGAACAAUCACCUGGUCAAUAUGAAGGCGAGAUCAUUAUUACUGCCAUGAAGUCUGAGUCAGACAGAGCAUGCAAAACUGAUUUGCAGCAAAUCCGAAGCGACCUUGUUCAUUGUACUUCACUAAUGGAACAUUUGGAAGCAAAACCAAUGGAAGAAGUGUUAAAAAGAGUACAAGCUACAUCUGCUACCUUGAAGAAGAUAUUGCAAAUGCCCGCAUUUUCUGAAUUUUCUGCAGAUUCUGGAUCAGUGGACAUAAUGGAUGAAGAUAUUUCAACAAAUUUCUCAGUCCAUAUUAAGUUGAAUGUGACAGUCUGGGAUUUUGUUCUUCCAAUGACCCCAUCCCUUCCUGCUGUAUUUGGGGUCUCAGAGACGGUGAUUGAGGACCGUUUUGGUGUGGAACAUGGUAGUGAUGACUGGUAUGAUGCACUAGAGAGACAUUUCAAGUGGCUUCUUCAAUACAGGAUUAGCCCCUUUUUUUGCAGAUGGGGGGAGAACAUGCGUAUCCUAGCAUACACCUGCCCUUGGCCAGCUGACCAUCCAAAAUCUGAAGAAUACUAUUCAGAUCCACGAUUAGCUGCAUAUGCAGUACCUUAUGCACCUAUUCUUUCCUGUAGCGAUGCAGCAAAAGACACUCUUAGGAAAGAGGUUGAAAAUUUGAAAACAAAGCCGCACUGGAGAAACUCUUAUUUCUACUUGUGGGAUGAGCCUUUGAAUCUGCAACAGUAUGAAGCCAUUCGUAGAAUGUCCACUGAGAUACGAUCAUAUGCACCUGAUGCGCGUGUUCUUACUACAUAUUAUGCUGGACCAAGCGAUGCACCUCUUGCACCUGGCACCUUCGAGGCCUUUGUAAAGGUUCCAAGUUUACUACGUCCUCAUACACAAAUUUUUUGUACAAGUGAAUGGGUCUUAGGUAAUCGUGAGGAUUUGGUCAAGGAUAUAACAUCUGAACUGCAACCUGAGAAUGGUGAGGAAUGGUGGACGUAUGUGUGCAUGGGACCUUCUGAUCCUCACCCAAACUGGCAUCUAGGAAUGCGAGGCACACAGCAUCGUGCAGUCAUGUGGCGAGUCUGGAAAGAAGGUGCUACUGGCUUUCUUUAUUGGGGUGCAAACUGCUAUGAAAGGGCAAUGGUUCCCAAUGCUGAGAUAAGAUUUCGGCGCGGCCUGCCACCAGGUGAUGGAGUUUUAUUCUAUCCGGGUGAAGUUUUCUCUUCUUCAAGUCAGCCAGUUGCUUCUGCUCGAUUAGAGCGUAUUUUGAGUGGUUUGCAGGAUAUUGAAUAUUUAAGGCUGUAUACCAGUCGAUAUGGUAGAGAUGAAGCACUUGCACUGUUGGAGAAAACAGGCGUUUAUCUUGGUCCUGAAAGAUACACCCUUGAUCACAUGCCCAUUGAUGUCAUGCGAGCAGAAAUAUUUCGUUCCUGUAGAUCCUGAGGUGAUGGUACUCUGUUUGCAGUAUCUCCCUUCCUCUCUCUCUUUCUGGCCUUGAGUCAUUUAUAGUGUGUUUUGAUUCAGUAAUCAUCUAAUGUUUGUGAAAUCAGUUUUAGGUUUAUAUGCUUGCCGUUGGUGGGUCAGCUUUCCCUCUCUUAAUCUCUUACUCUCUCACUCUCUCACAUGUGUGCAUGUGAUUUUUUUGACAAAAAUAUACAUUCAAAAUACAAUUGUAGCAAGCACGGAGAAGAUCAAGGUCACUUGGUUUGUGACACAACUUAACAUAAGACACCAUCAGAAUAUAUGUCAUGGCUGUCGAUUGAUGAGUGAAGCUAGGAUACUGGGGUAUCAUAUUUAUGUAUCUUAUCGGGAGGGUCACCUAGUAACAUGAUAUUCUUUCAGAUGCGCUGUACAAGCACAAAAAAGUGUGGGGGAUACUUCUUCCCCUUCGGCCCAUGAGACUUAUCUAGAGAAAGUAUUUGUUUUCA